GAUUACAUGAAUAUAUUAUGGUUUAUCCUUGAAUUUUGUGCAAAACAGUGACUUAAGUUGUGUUUAAUUAUUCUGUAAUUCAGGAUUAAAGGAAAUUUUAUGGAGAAGAUAAACAUGAGGUUGUACCAUGGUGGAAAAUUUGUUACAACUAACAACAGGACAACCUAUGAAACAUGUGGGGAUAGUGUGAAAUCAGGAAUAUCUUUGCACCAUAAUGUGGAUGAAGUAGCCUAUUUUGAAUUUGUUUACUGGAUUAAGGAUGAAUUAGGCUAUGAUGAUGUUGGUCAAAUAUGGUUUAGGAAACGUGGAUGUAGCCUAUAUUCUGGAAGAAAAGAGAUUAGGAGUGAUGUGGAUAUUGCUGAAUUUUUGCAGUCAAAAGAGAAAGAUGGAUGGCACCAUCUUUAUGUUACACAUGGGAGGGAAUCUAGUGCUGUCAAAGUGAUGGGGGUCCACAUGAGAAAGAUUCUCAAAAUUCUCGACCCUUAAACAACUACCCUCAUAUCUCAUCACAACCAAGAAGAGAGAAACUCCCUACUUUUUCUGCCAUAAAACAAAAGCCAGGUGUUCAGGAGAGUGAAAUAAGAAAUGAUGAUGUUGUGAAUCCAAACGAAGAUGAUGAUCAGUUGGGGAUCGAUUAUGAGGACCCAGAUGUGUUUUUGAGUGAUGAGGACUAUGAAGAUAAGAGUCCUGAUGACAUUUUUGCAGAGCAUGUUGAUUUUGAUAUCACAAAAAGAGUGACUAGGAGCUUGGGGGGUGGACUUGGUGAACCUUUGGAAGAUGAGUAUGCUGAUGAAGAAACUGGUGGACAUGGCUUUAAGAGUGAUGAAGAGUUAAAUGACAGUGAUGAUGAAUUGGUGAAUGUAGUGGGAUCUGAUGAUGAGGGAACCUAAUUAUCCCAUUUUUAACCCUGAUGUUGAUUUCAAGCAUAAGGUAGAUUUUUCAGUGGGCUUGAAGUUUCCCUCUAGCAAGAUUUUUAGGAAAGCUUUAGUACAUCAUGCUCUCGACAACGGUUAUGAUUUUUACUACUUGCACAACACAAGUAGGAGGAUCUCGGUGUAUUGUGCAAAAAGGUGUGGUUGUCCUUGGUCUCAUGCUAGGAUUAGUAGUUGCACAUGUAAGCAAAAAAGAAAAUGCAGAUUCAAGAUUCAUUGUAGGAAAGUGAAAGGUGAAGAAACUUUCCAGAUUAAAAGUGCUAGGUUUGACCACAUUUGUGGCCAUCAACAUGUAAAUCCGAAAUGCACUUCACAGUACCUAGCUGAGAGAUAUUUGGAAGAUUUCAGAGAUGAUCCAACAAUGAAGAUUGAACCAUUCAUGAAAAGGGCAAGAAGAGAGGUUCAGUGUGAGAUUGGUUACUACAAAGCCUAUUAUGCUAAGGUUAGGGCAUUAAGGAUGAUUUUUGGAGAUGCGUCUACUGAAUACAAGAGAGUGUGGGACUAUGCUUUGGCAAUUAGAACUUACUACAUAGGUUCUACUGCAGUUGUGAAAGUGGAUGGCAUAGAUAAUCCUCACCCUCAAUUUCAAAGACUAUACAUCUGCCUGCAGCCGUGCAAAGAAGGGUUUUUGGCUGGUUGUAGACCCAUUUUGGGGAUUGAUGGGGCACAUCUAAGGGGUCCAUACCCAGGGAUACUCUUAACUGCAGUUGGAAAAGAUGGAAAUAACAAUAUUUUUCCGGUUGCUUGGGCUAUAGUUGAAACAGAAAACUCUGAAACAUGGACUUGGUUUUUGGAUCUCCUUGUGAAGGACAUUGAUUCAGUUGCUAAUUCUGUCACAUGGGUGCAUGAAAAGGAGGAUGAUGUUGUGACCUACAUGUCAGAUAGACAGAAGGGUUUGCUAGAUGCUUUUAGAGUUGUUGUACCAAAUGCAGAAAUUAGGUUUUGCUGUCGACAUAUUUGGGCCAAUUUUAGGAACAAAUUUCCUGGAGAAGUAUACAGAGAACACUUCUGCUGGAAAGCAGCAAGAAGUUCGACAAAGCAUCACUUUAUGCAACACAUGGAAGAGAUUAAGAAGUUAAAUGUUGAGGCAUACAACUACCUUCAAGCCAUACCAGUACGUAAUUGGUCAAGACAUGCUUUUGGCACUUCUUCGAAAAGUGGUAUGUUGCUUAACAAUUGUUGUGAGAGCUUUAACAAUGUCCUUAGGGAAGCUAGAACCAAACCUAUUUUGUCAUUGAUGGAGUGGAUUAAUAAUUAAUAGGUGUUGUGCAAAGAGGGAGGGAUUGAAAGAUUUUGAUGGUAAUAUUAUGCCCUCUGUUACAAAGAUGAUUCAAAAUGGUUUGAAGUUGGUAAGUUCAUUGAGAAUCAUGCAAGCUGAUUUACAUGAGUUUGAGGUGGAUGAUGAGGGGGAUACUUUUGUGGUAAACCUAAAGUCAAGGCAAUGUGGGUGUUAUAGGUGGAACCUAAUCGGAAUACCAUGUACACAUGCACUUGGAUGCAUAGUGAAGAGGAGAUUAGACUAUGAGGAUUUUGUUCACCCAGCCUAUCAUGUGACUACCUAUGCUGCCACUUAUGCCCCCACCUUUAGAGCUAUGCCAGGACAAGCUCAAUGGGAGAAAACACCAUAUCCUGAGCCACUUCCACCACUUUACAGGAAGAUGCCUGGAAGACCAAGCAAGAAGAAGAGAGUGAAAGAACAAGGAGAAGAUGAGGAGAGAAAGAGCAAACUGGUUAAGAGGCCAAGAAAACAGAAUUGUUGCUCCAAGUGUGGGGAUGUUGGGCAUUACAAAAACAAGUGCUUUAAUAUGGCUUUGGAUCCUGCACCUAACAACGUUGGUGGGAGGCCUAGAACCAAGGCAACACCACCUGCUAAGGCUACAGCACCACCAGCCAAGGCUGUAACAUCAGCUAAGGCCCCAACACCAGUAGCAACUAAGGCUACCAGGGCACCAACAUCCAAGCAUAAAGCAGCAGCGAAGGCUACCAGGCCAGCCAAGUUAGCAACAACAUCAAAUGGAACAAGGGCCAGAGCAAUCACUAGCAACCAUG